CGUCUUGGUUCUCACCAGCCGUCGCCUCCCUCAAACCCAAGCACACUAGGAAACCUCUUUCUGUUCUUGCUUUGUUUAUUUUUCUUUUUUUGUUUCUCUUAAUUUUAUAAUGGAGAGCAAGUCUCGCACUCUGGAGAUCACAAUCUUGUCAGGAGAAGACCUGAGAAUCGAUAACAAAUCGGUUAAAAAGAACGCUUUCGUAGUCGUUUCGAUCGAACCUUUUAACUGUAAGACGACGAAGAUGGACGGUGAAGGAGGGAGCAACCCUUCAUGGAACGAUAAACUAGUGAUGGACAUGCCCAUGCAGACACGCUUCAUUACCCUGGCCGUAAAAUGCAAGGCCUCCAGCGGGGAAAAAACCGUAGGAUUUGCAAGAAUACCAGUGACGGACUUUAUCGGAGGGUACUCUCCGGAGACUUGUUUACAGUUCUUGAGUUACAGGUUAAGGGAUCCCAAGGGGUUGAAGAAUGGAAUCAUCAAUGUCUCUGUCAGGGUAAAAGAGCCCCUACACGCUUGUUCUUCGCAGGCUGCUGCAGCAGCUGCAGGUCUGGGAAUUCCCAUAGACGGACGAAAUGAUUUUGGAGUUGUUACAGGGAUCCCAAUUUGGAGCGGUUAUCCAUCUAAUUCUUUAUUUAGAUGAAAUUGAUGCAUCAAAGCUGUAAAUAGCCUCACACCAACAAAUUUUCCCCCGAAAAAACGAAGGAAAACUUGUUCUGGAAUUGAUGAGAUUUUGCUCUUAUUUCUCUGUUUCCAACAUAUUUCCACUUUGGUUUUGUGUUGCUAAUAAUUUAGUAGAAUCAAACUAAUAUAUUCAAAAGAAA